UUAUUGCUAUGGCAGGUGCAAGUAUAAAUAGGAGAACUAAACUCUUGGUGCUCAGUCAGCAAGAACCUCGAGCCCCAGAAGAAUCUAAAGGCUGAAGAUUACAAACUGAAAUGGAAGAGAAGGGGUUUUGGUUACUGGCGAUUGGCCUGGUAUUGGAAUGCAGAAUCCUGAUUGAAGGAGGUGAAAUACCAAGUACAGGUGAAUGUGCUAUGAAUAUAAAAGAAAGAACGAACUGUGGUUAUGCAGGAAUUUCAGUAAAAGAAUGUGAAACUAGAGGAUGUUGUUUUGAUGCAAAAUACCCAGAUGUACCUUGGUGUUUCUAUCCUCACCUCAAAACAGGUACAGGUGAAUGUGGUAUGGACGUAAAAGAACGAAAGAACUGUGGUUAUGCAGGCAUCUCAGUAAAAGAAUGCACAAAUAAGGGAUGUUGUUUUGAUGACAAAUACCCUGGUGUGCCAUGGUGUUUCUAUCCUCACCUCAAAACAGGUACAGGUGAAUGUGGUAUGAAGGUAAAGGAAAGAAAGAACUGUGGUUAUGCAGGCAUCUCAGUAAAAGAAUGUGUAAGUAAGGGAUGUUGUUUUGAUGACAAAUACCCAGGUGUGCCGUGGUGUUUCUAUCCCCACCUCAAAACAGGUACAGGUGAAUGUGCUAUGAAUGUAAAAGAAAGAACGAACUGUGGUUAUGCAGGCAUUUCAGUAAAAGACUGCGAAACUAGGGGAUGUUGUUUUGAUGCAAAAUACCCUGAUGUACCCUGGUGUUUCUAUCCUCACCUCAAAACAGGUACAGGUGAAUGUGGUAUGAAGGUAAAAGAAAGAACGAACUGUGGUUAUGCAGGCAUCUCAGUAAAAGAAUGCGUAAAUAAGGGAUGUUGUUUUGAUGAUAAAUACCCAGGUGUGCCGUGGUGUUUCUAUCCUCACCUCAAAACAGGUACAGGUGAAUGUGCUAUGAACGUAAAAGAAAGAACGAACUGUGGUUAUGCAGGCAUUUCAGUAAAAGACUGCGAAACUAGGGGAUGUUGUUUUGAUGCAAAAUACCCUGAUGUACCCUGGUGUUUCUAUCCUCACCUCAAAACAGGUACAGGUGAAUGUGGUAUGAAGGUAAAAGAAAGAACGAACUGUGGUUAUGCAGGCAUCUCAGUAAAAGAAUGUGUAAAUAAGGGAUGUUGUUUUGAUGCAAAAUACCCUGAUGUACCCUGGUGUUUCUAUCCUUACCUCAAAAAAGGUACAGGUGAAUGUGCUAUGAACGUAAAAGAAAGAAAGGACUGUGGAUAUGCAGGCAUUUCAGUAAAAGAAUGCCAAACGAGGGGAUGUUGUUUUGAUGCAAAGUACCCAAAUGUACCCUGGUGUUUCUAUCCUCACCUCAAAACAGAUUCUUAAAGAAAAUCUACCCCAGGAACAUACACCAGAAACUUCUCUGUCAAUAGAACCAUUGACGAAGGAAUGUGUUUAAAUCUUGCGAUUUCUACUCUAUAAUAGUUUUGAUUUCCAGAUCAUUCCUGUCUUAUACAAUGACACAGUUAAUUACUGGAUGGGGAUGGGGUUUGGGUACCAACUCAUUUUUUUAAAAAAAUCCUCUUCACUGGUUUAUAU